AUGACGGGACACAGCGUCGGAUGGUGGGGCUGGCUGGGAUGGAAUCGAUCAGAAAAGGCAGAAACAGUGAGUUCGCUGAGUAUCUCGUGGAUGAGAUCUUGAUACACAGACUAUUCCUGCCCAACACGAAUUGGAUACGGUAUCAGAACCCACAACAAGCCUAAUUGAAGUGUUUGUUGAAACAAAGCGAGCAGAAUUGACGGGAUGGCAAAGAGUUAAAGCAAUUUACGAGCAGGAGAAUUCGAUGGAAAUAGACGUGACCGUCAGAGUGAGAUCUAAAUAAGAAACUGUUAGGAAACACUUCGUAACUGUUUUAUUCAGGUCAUCCGAAUGUCGUUCCUCGGAGGGUUUCUGGUGGGUGGGGCGACUGGAUAUGCUCAAGCGCGACAUGCAUACGAAACUAACAAUGUCGGCAGGCUAUAUUUGAGUCCAAGUGAUGCUGUGGUAUGUAGUUACCGUGUUUUUAAAUUGUAACGUUGAAGAAAUAUCGUUCUAGAAGAGAAAAAUUGACUACGCAAUCAUACGAUUCGCUAAAGGAGGUUUUGGAACAGGCUUCAAAUGUGCUCUCAUAUCUGGAUCUAUUGUGUAAAUCAAUGCGUUCUUCCUCCUUAAUUCAAUUAAAUAUUUUCAGUUUCCUAGCUACUCAUGUUGCAGCUUACCGCGACAAAUUCUCUUCUUGGUAUUUUCCGGCAAUAUCAGGUGCGACGGCUUGUUUACUUCACACAGGUAUAGGAACCAAAAGAAGCAAAAGUUUCUAUUUGUAGCUCUAGUUGGUGGCGUAUUCACGUUCCCGCUGGGUCUGUUGGGAUCCAUGAAGGCAAUUGGACUGGGAGUGAGCUCCGGAUUAACAUUGUCUGCUGUCGUGCAUCUCUACGCAAUGGCCAUUGACAAACCGGUGAAUGAUGCUUAUAGGUUGUUUAAAAAAGACUAUGAAAAGGUUUUAUUUCCGUUUACACAAUUAUGUAGUUAUGUUUUCUAUUUAGGAGCUAACCUCUGCGGCAAAAUGGGACAUUCGAGUGAAUGAGCUGAUGGAAAAAGAAAAGAUCACAUGGCGUCAGACAGCAGUGAAAAGACUCAAGCAGGUCGAUCAGGAGAGAAUGACCAUUCAUGAUGAUUGA